AUGAUACGACGUCUGGUCGACUAUCGCCAGGCUCUUCUGAAAGCUGGAGUGUCGGUUGGCCCAAAGCGGCCCACCACUCUCAGCCAGUUCUAUGAAGUGUUUGAACAACGAUUAACUAGGGUGCUUUCUGAUGAUCCCUUUGGACGCAACGGCUCGUUUGCCCCCCGACGUGUAGUUGAGCCACAUUUCUAUUACUUCCGGGACACCGACCUCACAAUGUCGCGUGGGCUUUUGGAGACCAGAAGGUCUAUGAAUACGAAAUGGCACCAUACCCCAUACCAGGACUCACGCAGGAGAUCCUUUCAUACCUGCGACCUCUUCCGCCGUCCUUGCAAGGACAAUCUGCAGAUUUUACCAUGGCUUUGGGAUUUGUACAUCUCCGCCCUACAGAGCUGCCCUGUGGCAUCCGAUGCGGUGGACGUUCCGACAUUUGAAGCAGAAGAAGUUUGGGAUUGGGAGCACCUUGUUCGCACCCUUGCACAAGUGGAGGUGUUUGAACCAGGGCAACCUUUAGAGCAUGCUCCCCUCCGCCUGCGGAAUCGUCGGCGGAUCUGGAGACUACUAGAGGAGGCUGAGGAUGAAGAUAUUGAGGAGUGGCUUGAUGCUCAUAUAUACAACAGAAAAUGA